UAGCUACUGUUGCAUCUCUCAAGUGUGGAUUAAUUUAAUCUAGAGAGAGAGAGAGAGAUCCAAUUUCCUGGAAACUGCCACCAAGGACUUGUUAAAACAAGAAAGAUGCUGCCCUAUGUCACAAUUCAAGAGAGGAUAAAUACCCACCAUUGGCAUUUACAACACCUCUUAUAUUCCCUUGCUCAAACACAGAGAGGCUGUGUGUCUGUUUCCACAACCAAUAUUUGAAGCAAAAUAAAUCCCACAAAAAAAAAAGAAAAAAAAAAGAGGAAAAAAAAGAGUCAUUAUUUAUUUUCAAGAAUGGUGAGAGCUCCUUGCUGUGAGAAAAUGGGGCUGAAGAAAGGCCCAUGGAGCCCUGAAGAAGACCAGAUUUUGGUGUCUUAUAUUCAGAAACAUGGCCAUGGAAAUUGGAGAGCACUCCCAAAACAAUCUGGGCUGUUGAGAUGUGGGAAGAGUUGCAGGCUGAGAUGGAUAAACUAUUUGAGGCCAGAUAUUAAGAGGGGAAAUUUCACUAAAGAAGAGGAAGAAGCCGUCAUCAAUUUACAUGAAAUGCUUGGAAACAGAUGGUCUGCAAUUGCAGCAAGAUUACCGGGACGAACCGACAACGAGAUAAAAAAUGUGUGGCACACACAUUUGAAGAAAAAGCUAAAACACUAUGAUGAGUCGUCUCAAGAUUCCAAGAGGGAAUCAACGAUUCAAAUUUCAAAAUGUGACAACAAUGAUGUGAUGGAAAAUAUUAAUAAUAAUCUUGCUACUACUAGUCUGCAACGAUGCUCUAGUGAGGUGUCGUCGGUGACGGAUUCGUCGGUCGAGAAAGUAGCGGUGAAGGAGGAAUUAGAUUACUCGUCCGAGUAUUUUCCGACGAUCGACGAGAGCUUCUGGUCGGAAGAAUUAUCGAAUGAAGAUGUUUCGGAGACGAACGAGUUUUUGCCGUUGGUAGAAAGUGUUGAGGAUUCAAAAGUAAAUGGUGGCGGCAUGGACUUUUGGUAUAAUCUUUUUAUUAGAGCUGGGGACAUGCCUGAUCUGCCUGAAUUUUAAGAUAGGUUUUUCUUUUAUUUAAAGGGGUUGAGAAUUUUAAUUUUUUUUCUUCAUAUGGGCAUCUUUGACCAUGUGGAUUGAUAUUUGAUAAUGGGAAAAGGUGGAGUUCAAAAAGAUGUGGACAAAAAUAAUUAAUGACUUUUGAGAAAGGAGUGUGAGUGAAUGGAAAAUUAGGGUUUGACUUAGAAAAUUUGGCUUUGUAUAUUUAGAUCUAAGAAAUGGGAUAGUGAGGUAGGAGCAUUCUUGGCGAAUCGUAGUUUGAUUGCAUUUGUUAUCGAGCCAUUGUUAAAAAUUGUGCGACAUCAAGAUUU